CAAUUUUGCCAACUAUUUCCGGAAUAAUAAUCUGCCGUGAGAUGACGUUUGCUAUUAUUGUCUGUAAGGUGUGUUAACGGCAUCAUUGGAAACGUCGUCACAGCAUUGAAUCACAUUGAAUUCUUAAAAUACUGGUUUCCCAUGCGAAACAUUGUAUCGUCCACAGGACACAGUAUCAAGUGCCGUAAUAGGACAUAUAUAUCAACAGACAGAUAUUAGUUUGAACGCGUCGGACGUUUGGUGCCUUCCCAAGCAAAAUGGGCCUAACAAUCAGCAGCGUACUUACCCGGCUCUUCGGUAAAAAGCAAAUGAGAAUAUUAAUGGUGGGUCUGGAUGCUGCUGGAAAAACUACCAUACUGUAUAAGUUGAAACUCGGUGAAAUUGUCACAACUAUACCUACCAUUGGUUUCAAUGUUGAAACUGUUGAAUAUAGGAAUAUAUGUUUCACGGUGUGGGACGUUGGUGGCCAGGAUAAAAUCAGACCACUCUGGAGACAUUAUUUCCAAAAUACGCAAGGUCUCAUAUAUGUUGUUGACAGUAACGAUAGAGAGCGUAUAGGGGAAGCAGAGCGUGAAUUGGCAAACAUGUUGAAAGAAGAUGAAUUAAGAGAUGCAGUUCUCUUGGUAUUUGCCAAUAAGCAAGAUUUACCUAAUGCUAUGUCUGCAGCAGAGCUCACAGAUAAAUUGGGACUCAACUCGUUACGUGGUCGACAUUGGUACAUUCAAAGCACUUGUGCUACACAAGGACAUGGACUGUAUGAAGGGCUUGAUUGGUUGAGUAAUGAAUUAGCUAAAAAGUGAUAAAGCACUGUCAUUAUUCAUAAUCUUCAUGAACAAUUUAAUCAUUGAGCAUGGAUGUAGAAGACAGGAUGCAUUCUCCAUUUUAUCAGAUUAUGCACUAUGUGUACGAUUU